UGGAGAGUGAAUAAAUAAAGGCGAACAUCAGAUGAACAUCAGCCAAUCAGAAGGAUCACUGUACACGCUUUGUCCAAUCAGAGCGCGUUAUUCCUAGGAUUCGCGACAUCACCAUCACUGAGAGACGCAGUUGAGUUUUAUACGGAGUUCGGAAAUUGUUCUUCCUGAGACGGCUUAUCUUGUGCGGGUCCACGUGUUUAGAGCAGUUUGAUUUAUCAUCCUCAUCAUCAUGCCUGAUUCUGAUGUGAAAGCCCCAGUCUUGCAGCCCCAGCUGGAGACAAUGGAGGAUGAGUUUGACCCCUUAUAUAAAGAGAAACCAGGCCCCAAGCCUCCUAUGAGAAUAGUGUGGAGAAAUGUCAUUCUGAUGAGUCUUCUGCACAUUGCUGCGGUGUAUGGACUCUUCCUGAUCCCGUCUGCACACCCGCUCACACUCCUCUGGGCUUUUGCGUGUUUCGUGUACGGUGGUCUGGGCAUCACUGCAGGCGUUCACAGAUUGUGGAGUCACAGAUCAUAUAAAGCUUCUUUACCUCUGCGCAUCUUUCUGGCCGUCGCAAACUCCAUGGCCUUCCAGAAUGACAUCUACGAAUGGUCCCGGGAUCACCGUGUGCAUCAUAAAUACUCCGAGACGGACGCCGAUCCUCACAACUCGAACCGAGGGUUUUUCUUCUCUCAUGUCGGCUGGCUGCUGGUUCGAAAACACCCAGAAGUCAUUGAGAGAGGACGCAAACUGGAGCUCUCUGACCUCAAGGCUGAUAAGGUGGUCAUGUUUCAGAGGAGAUUCUACAAGCUGUCUGUGGUGUUGAUGUGCUUCGUUGUCCCCACGGUUGUUCCCUGGUACAUGUGGGGCGAGUCUCUCUGGAUUGCGUAUUUCAUCCCGGCGCUCCUCAGAUACGCAGUGGGCUUAAAUUCUACCUGGCUGGUCAACAGCGCCGCACACAUGUGGGGAAAUCGGCCCUACGAUGGAAACAUCGGCCCCAGGGAGAACCGAUUCGUCACCUUCAGUGCUAUAGGCGAAGGUUACCACAAUUACCACCACACGUUUCCCUAUGACUACUCCACCAGCGAGUAUGGAUGGAAACUCAAUCUGACCACCAUCUUCGUAGACACUAUGUGUUUCUUGGGUCUGGCCAGUAAUCGUAAGCGUGUGUCUAAAGAGAUGAUUCUGGCUCGGGUCAAGCGUACGGGCGACGGCAGCUACAGAAGCGGCUAAAAAAAACAUCCAUCUCAAACGAAAACGGAUGUCCAGCCCAAAAGAAACGAAGGCCGGUCAAGGCGCUCUUCAAUCUCCUGCUACCAUUGAAUCUAUUAUUAUUAUUAUUAUUAUUAGUAUUAUCAUUUUCUUCCCAUCCCCGUUUGGAGGGAGCUUUAAUACAGGGAUCUGAGCUGUUUGUGUAGCGCUUAUUCACACUGUGUUUCCGGCUUCCUCUUCUCAGAUAUUUGGGACGCCCCGCUCUGAGCUCUUAUUGCUGACGUGCUAGUUUUUCUCAAUGCAGGAGCUAAACGCGGCGCCCCGUCACCCGCCCGCCGGGGCCUUUUUUUGUGUGAUGAGCCCGUGCCAAAUCUAGAUCAGUGCAGUUUGGUAGAAAUUCACGAAGAUGUUUAAUAUUUAAUUUAAUAUUUAACAGCUGCACCUUAUUGUCUCCAAGCGCCAAUGCUUUGUGUUGCGUUAUAUAUUCUGUUUUGUUGCCAUACUUGCACAAAUUGUUCAUUUGUUUUGUAGGAAUGACGUUUGAAUGGUUUGAAUCUGUAUUAAGGGGAUAGUUCACCCCCAAAAAAUGAACAUUUAUUCAGCCUUAAGUGCUUUUAUAGGUUUCUUUCUUAUGUUAAACCACAAAUAACACUGACUUUCAAUUGACUUCCAUAGUAGGAAUAACAAAUACUAUGCAAGCCAAUGGUUAUCGUUUACAUCAUUCUUCAAAAUAUCUUCUUUUGUGUUCAUCAGAAUAACAGAAACUUAUAAAGGCCUAAAACAGAGCAUUUUUUGGGUGAAUUAUCCAUUUAAUAAUUAUUAUUAGUUGAUUAUUGCACAGAUUUGACCUGCAACCGUGAAACGGGUUUAAAUAUUUUUGAUGGUGAUAUCUUCUUAAAGGGACACUACACCCAAAAAUGACACUUCUGCCAUUUAUUUACUCUUGUUCUUCUGUUGAACACGAAUGAAGAUCUACUGAAGAUUAAAGACAGCCAUUGACAUCCAUUGUAUUAUUAUUUGGUUUCUACUGAUGUUAAUUUCCAACAUUCUUCAGACUAUCUUGUUUUGUGUUCAACAGAAGGAAGUCAUUUUUUCAUUUUUGGGUGAACUGCCCCUUUAACGUCUAAUCUGAAAACACACACACACCUAUUGUGAGUGCCGCUAUCUAUAAUUUCAUGUUAAUACAUUGAUAAUUAUAGAGAAUCCAGAAUAAUCUGGAUGUUUGUGACAGGAUCGAAUGGUAGAGUUUGCAUGAGAAUGUUGAUUCUUGACUAUUUUGUACUGUAAAUUGUAUAGUUUGGUUUUGUAUUGUCAUUAACUGUACAUGAUCAUCUUUACUUUUGGGUUCAGAUUUCAAGUCUGACCUCCAGUUUUGGAGUACACUGUAUUAAUGCAGAACUCUCUGAACAGAUUGUGGAUUUACAGUAAUUUAUAAUAAUUUAAGCUCCGAUAUCAUGAGGAUCGUGUGUGUGUGUUAUGAUGCCAAAUACAGUUGUGUUGCAUGUGAGCCGAAUUGUAGCUUUAUGUUUAAUCAAACAUAAUGUAUUCUCAAAUAUUUUUCAGUGCUAUUUUUCCAUAUUUGGUUUCAUUUGUCAAGUUGUUUGUCAUGACAUUGCUUUUGUAAUUCCUCACAGACUUUAUAUCGAGUGUGUGUGUGUGUCUCAACCACGACUGUUUCUCUCACACACUGCCUUAUUUUUGCUCUGUGACUUGAAAUGUGGUUUUGAUAUCUCCCAUGCGGUUUGGAAGAAGCCUUUGGCUCCUAAAACUAAUGUGAUGCUCCUGUUUGUAAUACACCAGCCUGUAAUUAUGAAUAGACUAUGGUUUCAUAAUCAAUUACUGGAAAUAAAGCCUCAAGCAAAGAGCUUCUAAA